CGCCUGUCCAGCUGAGCUCAAAAUGGCGACGCCACGGCUAACGGUCCUCUCGGUGCUGUACUUCUUCUCCUCGCUGUGUUACACCACAUAUGCUGUGAUACUCCGAACUACAGAUAAAGACGUGUGGGUUAAUGAAUUCGACACAAUUGAAUUGACUUGCUUGAUUGAGUCCAUAUCCACAAACAAUCCCAGAAUUGAAUGGAAGAAAAUAAAAAAUGGGGUUCCCAGUUAUGUGUAUUUCCAAAACAAAAUAUCAGGUGACUUGGAGAACAGGGCGUUGUUAAGAGAGCCUGCAAACCUACUGAUCCUCAAUGCCAGCAGAUCAGACAGUGCAAUGUAUCGCUGUGAGGUGGCUGCCAUCGAUGACCAGAAACCUUUUGACGAAAUACUGAUCAGCCUGGCUGUGAGAGUAAGGCCAGUGACACCGCGAUGCAGUGUGCCUGAAUCGAUCACUGUGGGCUCCUCCACUGAGCUUCGGUGCGCGGAGAGCGAGGGCUACCCUCUAUCUCAGUAUCAGUGGUACCGCAACAAUGAGGAGCUGCCCGAGGAUCCCAAAACCAGCGUCCGCUUCUACAACUCCUCAUAUGUGAUGAACACCGAGACUGGUUCACUGAAAUUCAGAGUUGUGAAGAAGGAGGAUGCAGGGGAGUAUCACUGCCAGGCCAGAAACGAUGCUGGUUAUGCAAAGUGCAUGCCACAGCUCAUGGAAGUCUAUGAUCUUGACCUGACGGGGAUCGUUUUAAAGGUUGCGGCUGGAGUGGUCGCAUUCAUCCUUUUAACAGUGGGGCUUUGUCACAUUAAAAAACAUGGCUACUGUUCCUGUAAGGAUCAUACAGAAAACAAUUAUAAAGCCCCUCAACAUGACGGUGGGAGGGAGUGUGUGAGUGUAGAUGAGGGGCAUUUCCGCCACAAGUCCUCUUUUGUGAUAUGACCAAGAAGCGGAGACACAAGACAGACAGAGCUUCAUAAGCGCAGUGCCACAGUUAUAAACUAUUACUUUUAAGAAGUUUCUUCUGAGGUGCAUAAACAUGAUGUUUGUCGCCAAAGCAGUUAUUAAAACCGACAUUGUAUGAGGCGCAGAAGAGGUCCUUAUUGUGGAAACCUGGCCGGAACACUGAACUGAUAUGAUGACUAUGAUUGACGGAAGUGCAAACAUGGUGUAAAAAUGGUGCACCAGUAAAUAUAAGCACAUACAUUGCUUAAUUCUGUUGUCAAAACUAAAUAGAAUCUAAAUCCGGCCAUUUAAAAUUGGACAAUACAACAGAGCAGCUUUGACUGAACGUUUCUGGUUCCAUCAGGCAUUAAAGCUAAACUCUGUAUUCAGUUCAGUGUGUGUUAAUGCACACGAUGUUUAGCUUGAAUCCCGUUCGGUAUUUCGGUCAUGGAACGUUAAGUGUUGGUGUUUUAAUGCUAGUGUAGGUUGUAAACUACAACGUUAAACUAACAGCUCAGUUAAAGGCUCAAUCAGAACUCUUUUAAGUCUGUAAACUUUGUUGUGCUAAAUGAAAGAUUUUCUUUGGUUUUAUUUUUUUAAAUGAUAGAUACAGAUUUUGCACUUAGAGGUUUGUCAGAGUGCUCUCUGUGUUUAAGUGACCUUCUAUAUUUUGUUGUUGUUUUAUACAGUUUUGGACAUAUUGUCCAGGUUUGUAGCUGUGAUGGUUCUAAUCUGUGGUGUUUGGUUGCAUUGUGGCACAUUGAAAUACAACCCCAAACCCAAUUUUUGCAAAACUUUUUUAUUUGAAAAUAGUACAAAGAUAUUUAAUGUUUCAACUAAACACCUUCUUUUGUAUUGUCUACAGAAGAGAGGUUUGGACUGCAGGCAGACCAGUUUAGCAUCUGCACACCCCCUUUUUUUUACCAAAUUAUGACAGCAUUACAGUGUUCUUUGGUCUUGAUUCCCAAAUUCCCCUGACCCAAUUUUUAAAAAAUGUCCUGUAGGCAUCAAAUACGGGUUUAGUUGAUAAGGUAAAACAUUAAAUCUCUUCUCUGUUUUGCUGUUUUUAAAGAUAUAUCUGUAAAAGAAAGAUUAUAAAUUACUGCAUUGUUUAUCUGCAUUUAACUGUUGCAACUUUUUUGGAAUUGGGUUUGUAGAAUAGAAGAGCUGUAAGGACUGUGGGCCAGAAACAGCUAAUAGUAAAGAAGAUUUGAAUGAA